GAUGCUGAGCUCAGGUCUUCCUCCUGUUUUCCUGUUGCUCACAGCGCUGGAGCUGAGCUGGUCCCUGAGCGAUGAAGAAAAGAAGAUAAUCUUGGAUGGGCAUAAUAAAUACCGCUCGCAGGUCUCUCCUCCUGCUAUGGAUAUGCUGAAGAUGAGCUGGGACACGGAGCUGGAGGCCUUUGCUCAAGCCUAUGCAGAGAAGUGCAUCUGGGACCACAACAAGGAGAGGGGACGACGGGGGGAAAACCUCUUUGCUAUGGCCCCAACCCUGGACCUGGAAUUCGCUGUGGAAGACUGGAAUGGGGAGGAGAAAUACUACAAUCUGACGACUUCCACGUGUGUCCCCGGGCAGAUGUGCGGCCACUACACCCAGGUGGUCUGGGCAAGCACCCAUCAGAUCGGCUGUGGGGCCAAGUUUUGUGAGACGAUCGAUGGAAUUGAAACAGAAGACAUGUACCUGCUUGUUUGCAACUAUUAUCCCCCGGGUAAUAUGAAAGGCCGAAAGCCGUACAAGGAAGGACCCUCAUGCUCGCAAUGUCCCGAGGGUAGAGUCUGUGUCAACUCCUUGUGUGAACCCACUGUAGAAGAGACCACUCCAGCCCCUGUGACAACAAAGGCAAGCCCAUCCACCCCAACCACAGCCACACCAAAACCCACAACCACAGCCAAACCAGAACCCGCAACACCAGUGCCCACCACAACCACAGCCAAACCAGAACCCGCAACACCAGUGCCCACCACAACCACAGCCAAACCAGAACCCGCAACACCAGUGCCCACCGCAGCCAAGCCAAGACCCACAACCACGCUCCCAACCACAACCACAGCCAAGCCACCACCCGCAACUACAAUCCCAACCACAGCCAAGCCACCACCCAAAACCACACUUCCAACCACAGCCAAACCACCAACCACAACCACGCUCCCAACCACAGCCAAGCCACCACCCACAACCACACUUCCAACCACAGCCAGGCCACAAUCCACCACCACAGCCAAACCACCACCCACCACCACGCUCCCAACCACUACAGCCAAGCCACCACCCACAGCCACGCUCCCAACAGCCAAGCCAAAACCCGCCAGCACCCACCACGCCAAAGCCCACCACAACCACCGCCCCAGCCAAGCCAACACCCACCACACCAACAUCUACCACUACAGCCAAGCCAACACCUGCCGCUACAACAUCAGCAAAGCCAAAACUCACCACUACAUCACCAGCACCUACCACAACAGCAAAGACACAACCAAAAACUGCCACAACCACAAACCCAGAACCCACUGA